CUGCACUACUGGAGCCUCGUGGGCAGCAGAGCUUGUGCCCAGAUGGCAGCAGCUGCCUGGGGCAGUGGCUUUCUCAAUGCUGUCCUGCACACGACCACUACAUUUUCCCUUCCCCUCUGCCAAGGCUAUGCUGUGGACCAGUUCUUCUGUGAGAUCCCCCACAUCCUCAAGCUCUCCUGCUCAGACUACUACCUCAGGGAAGUUGGGGCACUCGUGUUUAGUAUUUUCUUGGCCUUUGGUUGUUUUGUUUUCAUUGUUUUCUCAUAUGUGCAGAUCUUCAGGGCAGUGCUGAGGAUGCCCUCUGAGCAGGGCCGGCACAAAGCCUUUUCCACGUGCCUCCCUCACCUGGCCAUGGUCUCCCUCUUUGUCAGCACUGCCAUAUUUGCCUACCUGAAGCCCCCCUCCAUUUCCUUGCCAUCCCUGGACCUGGUGGUCUCACUUCUCUACUCAGUGGUGCCUCCAGCAAACCAGGAUUCCUUGGUAGUUAAAGACAAUAAAGAUGUCAGCGGAAAUUCAUUGGUCUCAGUUUCCUCCUCUUCCCAUCCCCUCUGGAGCUACGGGAGCAGUCCCAGCAUCCAGGAGGGGCUCAGGGCCAAGAGCCCAGCUGCCACAGCAGUGAACCCCCUCAUCUACAGCUUGAGGAACCAGGACCUGAAAGCCACACUGAAGAAACUGAUUCUAGUGGUAAUACUUAUAUAG